UAGUAGUUGUAGCAGUUAUAGUAGUCGCAUAGUAGAAUAGUAAUAGUAGCCGAAGAAGAAGUAAAAGAGACGAAGAAGGAAACGUGGUGAAAGAUCUGUGUACGCGCGCGGUGGAUUGAGGUUAACCUCAUUCGUUCGUUGGCACAGACCGCGACAUCAUGUCCGAAUCGCGCGAGUGAAUCAACUUGCUGUGUGAUUUCGCAUUUCUAUCGGCGGCGAUAAUAGAAACACUACCGACUAGUAAUUAUCGUUUCAAUUGAUUUUUUAAAAGAUUAUUUACAUUUUGCGUUUAUUGUGCGGAUAACACACUCUUAACGGGUUUGAUUAUUUUCAUUCUUGUGCGUAUAAGUGUGCGAAUUAAAAUGUGCAAUUGGCUAUAGUACAAAAUGAAGUUUGUCGUCUCGACGGAUUAUGAUCGUGUGAUAAAUUGUCUAUUGUUUUUUUAAGUUUUAAUUGCAUCAGGUUAUAAGUCCUAUAUAGCAACAGUAACAGACAACUACGAAAAAAAUGUCUACGAGGCGCAAGAAGCUCUUGCCUGCCAGAACCAUAGCCCUUUUAUUGGCUACCAUAUUCUUAUUCGACUGCUUAGUUUUUAGUUCAGGUGACAUAUUGCUCAAUGAAAAUGAUAAAAACAUAGAAAGGAUUAAAAGAGACGGUGAUGUUACUGUAUUAUUAUUGGAUGACACCGGAAAAAAGAAGACUUCUCCGACUAUAGGCUUAUUAUCUUCAAUGGCUCGCACAUUUGUUCAAGAUGGUGUUACUACAGAGUACGCCACCCAUGUUAUUGGUACUACAGUUGGCGAUCGUUAUGCGCAUAUUGUUAGUACAGGUUCUCGAAUUUUUUACGAUAAUAUCAAGCCCACAAACAGACAUGAAACUCCUGAGAUUAAUCUUCAAACCAUAUUAGAUAACUUAGGUCAGCCACAAGUCUUCGAAAAACUUAAAGAAGAUGAAUCGAAUUUCAUUCAAGGAAAAAGUCUUGAAUUUACUUCAACUACAGUACCACCACCUCUUAAAAAUGUUCUUAUUAGUCAAGAAGUUUCAAUAAAGAAAAAUUUUAAUCUUGAUAUUAAGCCAUCUAAAGUAGAUCCUAAAAAUAGUUUACCAACAUUUACUGUGAAAAGUAAUGAUGAAAACUACUUACCACCGUUAGAAGAAACGACUAAGCAUGAUGAAUUAUCUCGUAAUAAAUUGAAACUCCCUAAGAAUAUUUUUAGAAAUGGAUUAAAGCCAAUUGAAAUUAAAAAAUAUGAAACUGUUACGUAUUAUGGAUUUGCUGAUUUUAUGACAACUGUUGGCAAUACAGUUAUUAUAUUCAUGCCUAAAACUCCAAUUUUAAUAGAACCAACUGGCGUGACUAGUAUUAAAGGUGAAGCUACUUUACGACCUGAAGAUAUGAUCAAGCCUUCAAAAUCAGUUGAAGUCUCAUUGUCCCAUACUAUAGCUCCUUCAAUGAAAAAAAUUGACUAUUCUAAUAUAAUAGAAUCAAGUAUGACUUCUUCAGAAGAUACAAUAGUAAUACCUACUGAGCCUCUAUCCCGCAGAAUAUCAGAAACGACAAGAGUGUUUAACAAUGAACAAGAAGCAUUGGGAUUGUUAAAAACUAUUGGAGGAGUAGAUGUUAUUGAGAGUAAAACUACAAGACUUACUACAUUUUUCUAUGGUACAUAUACUAAUGGAAAAUAUACACAACUACAACAAACAGUAUCAACUUUACUUACAAAGCCUACUCCUACGGUAAAAAGUCCUAAAAUUGAAAUUCCAUCAACAAAAGUAACAACUACAAUGAAAACAGCUGAAACAAAACCUAUUACAUCAACUACAGAGGAAAAUAAAUUAAGCACCACUACUGAAUCAGAAGAAGAUGUUUCUAUAAAAUCAGAUAAAGAAAAAACUAUUAAAAGUUCUUCAACUGAAGGUAUCUUAUAUAAAACAUAUACCCAUUUAACUACAUUCUUUAUACCAGUAGAUGAAAGUAUAACUACUUCGUCUGUAAAAUCUAGAGUUGUUUUGUCCCCUGAAACUACUCAAAUUAUAACUACAAUAAUGACAGAAAUAAUGACUAGUACUACAGAAGAACCCCUAACAACAGAUCCCGAAGAAGAUAGUACGAAAUAUAUGACAACUGAAGAAACAAUAAUUACUACUGACAAAGUUGAGUUAGAAAAAACAACAGAAGAAAAAGUUUCAGAAUUAACUACUAUUUUAAAAAAAGAUGAAAUUAUAACAACUGAAAAAUCAGUCGAUGUAAACAAUAAUAAUGGUGAUAUAGAAAAUGAAAUGAUUUCAACAACAACGACUAAACCGGAAGAUGAAGAGGUUGAUAUAUUAUUUAAAACAGUGUACACGACAUACACAUAUUUAACAACAUUUUUCAAAGAAUCAACAACGAGUGUUUUAAGUAGAGAGGAAGUAGUAACUAAUAUUAUUACAUCCACUAUAGAAAGAAAUUCACUAGCUACUGAUCCUGCAUUUGCUGAACUAUUUGCUAGAGAAGAAGGAAGCUUAUUAAAUUCAGCAUUAUACGAAACUGCUAGACAACCUAGAGUAUUAGCCACUCGCGUUAGAUCAGAAAACCCAUCGUCAGUUUAUAAAAAUAAACCUCAUAAUAAUUUAUUUGCAUCUACCUUGGAUUCAGUUAAUUACCAAAAAGAACUUGCAACUCCGCCGUUAGAAGAUAGUAUUGUAAAAACAUUUUCAAAAACAUAUACUUAUUUUACAACAUUUGUAUCUGAAGGUUCUACUAGUCUUAAAAGUCGUACAGAAGUUUAUACAAACGUAAUGACGCCCUCUAGUAUAGUUAAUUUGCAAAUUGAACCAACGAUCCUUAAAAAUAUAAAACCAACAGAAACCAAAACUACUGAAAAUUAUUAUGAGCUAAAAGACCAAACACCGCAUGAAAAAAAUAAACUAGUAAAUGAAAAAGAAUUCAACGAAAAUCAAAAGAUCAAAAAUAUUAUAAACCAAGAAAAAAUUAACGCUGUAUCGCAACCAUUCAAGUAUGAUAUGACAAUAACAAGAAACCGAACAAAUUUUAAAGAUGCUACAGAUGAAAUACCAAAAAACGAUAUUAUUGGAGAAUCCAUGAUUGCAGAUACAAAAUCAAUUUCUUCUAAUAAUAUUAAAAGAAAAGUUUCCAUUGAAGAUGAUGAAGAUAUGGAAAGUGCUGAAACUAAUGAAAAUUUUGAGCCAUCACCUACACGUGAACUUCAAACAAGUUUCACAACAUAUACUUAUUUUACAACAUUUUACAAAGGAAUUUCUUCCAGUGAUGUUAUAAGUCGCUUUGAAACAAUUACUAAUGUAGUUCCUCAAUCUAUACAGCCUACAGACGUUGAAAAUUUGAACAGUGAACAAAGUACAUUGCCAGUUACCUAUUUUACAACUUAUACAUACUGGACUACAUUGUAUAAAGAUGGAAGCAGUUUAGUUACUAGCCGUGAAGAUACCCAAACCAAUAUUGUGACACCAUCAGUAAUCGAAAGUUCAAAUCCUCCAGUAAUAGAACCAACUUCUAAAGUUGAUACUAUAUCUGCUAGUAAGCCAGUUGAACUUGAACCAACUACAUUCUUCACUACUUUUACUUAUUUCACAACAUCAUACCUCGGAAAUGAAACGUUAGUGAAUAGUAGAUUAGAGACUGUUACAAGUGUUCUCAAUACCCUAGGAAUCGAUCAAACUACUCCUAAUGAUGAGGGUGAUGUUGAAGAAAGUGUAAUUAAAACUGAACCAGAGAAUGCAUUUGUUGAUAAAUCAGCAAUGCCAAUCCUAAAACCAACCGGUUUAUUAUCAUCUAUUGCAUCUCGGGAGGUAAAUAAUGGUGUAACGACAGAAUUUAUUACUGAUGUCUACGGAACUUACAUUGAUGGGUUAUAUGCUCAAAUUCUCGAAAGUAAAUCGAGUACAAUAGAAGGAACAUCUACUCAGUCUGAUCUAAAAAGUACAGACAUUAUUUCACUAAAUGAAGGUAAAAUUGUAGAUGCAGAUGAAAUUAGUACAACUUUUUACACGACUAAAGCUAUUGGCACUUAUAUUGAUCAACUAUAUGCUCAAGUCAUUGAGAGUACAUCUUCAAUUAAAGUGAAUGUUCAAAAACAAACUUUAGAUCCAUCUACAACUAUUUUAGGCAGUAAAACAUACCGCACUGGAUUAGUUAGUCUAAUAGAAGGUACGAGUAUAAAAGAUUUAACUACUAUAUAUUACGAAACCAAAGUAAUAGGAAAAGUUAUUGAUAGCGAAUAUACUCAAGAAUUUGAAAGUUCUUCUAUGACAAAAACUGGCGUGAAACCUACAACAGUACAAGAAAUUAUUUCAUUUUCGACCAAAUUGAAUGAUAUUUUUAAAGAUAUACCAACAUCCCCUUCACCAGCAACAAUCGAAAGCUCAAAAGGUGAAAGCGGAACUACCACAGAAAAAACAAAUGAAACUUCAGAAGAAGAAAAUUCUAAUAAAAAGAAAACAUUUCCAGUUAUUAGACCUUUUGUUUCAAGACAAAGGCCAACCUUUUUACCAAAGAAAAAAUCUACCGAUAGUUUAGGAGCUGCAACAAUUAACCGAAGUAUUACUCCUACAAUAGUUGCUACUCCAGCUCUUAAAACUAAUGAAAAAGGGUUAGGAUCUACCAGCCGAAAUCGAUUUGCUGGUGUUCGCAAGUCAAGCUCUUCGCUACCAGUUGAAUCAAGUUUAUCAGCAUCUAGUACGAGAAAAUUUUCAAGGUCUAAAAGUCCUAAUACAUCUUUAAUUUCUCCUUCAUUGAGUUUUAGAGGAAAAUCUUCCACAUCUGUUUCGAGAGUAAAUCCGAUAUCAUCGACUGCAAGUUUUGGAAAUCAAAGAAAAAGUAGUAUUAAUUUAAGGCUUUCGAGUUCAAAAUCAAAUGAAGUUACACCCAAAAGCUCGUUACCUACCAGAUUUAGAGUAAGGCCAACUGCUUCUACAGGUUUUAAUCGCUUGUCGAGUACAGUAACAACAAGUACUGAAGACAUUCCGUAUAAUAAGGAAAUAAGCACAUCAUUGUUCACAGAAGAAACUAUAAUUGAAGAUGAAGAAGUCACUACUCCUUCCACAAUAACAGAGUCAUCUAGAAGAGGAAGUAAUCCAUUACUUAAACUUCGACGACCCCUACUUCCCAAGUCACCUGCUACUACUCAAUCUCCUAGAAAAAAUACAGUUAGGACUACUGGAAAGACAACAACAAGUACAACAACUACAUCUAGACCUCAAAGGCCAAAAACGCCUAGUCCUCUCAUAACACGCAAUAGACCAAAACCAGCUAAUGGUUUGUUUCCAACAAGAGGGUUUGGUAAAAAAGAACAAGAGCAAGAAAUAGUCAGUGAACCUAAUUUUGAAGAAGAAAAAUCACAACAAGAGUUAAAAACAAAUGAUGAAUUAGAUAACGAUUAUGAAUCUUUAGAUAUUCAAAUCCAAGAACCACAAUCUAACACUGUUACUGAAACUGAGAAACCAUCGAGAGGUAGUAAAACUUUUAACAAUCAAGUACAAAUAAGACCCUUCAAUAAUAAAAGAAACCGAUCAAAAAGACAAGUAGAAUAUGGAAGUAAAUAUUAUGACACUAGUAAAAAUUAUAGAAGUAGCAGACAGCCGUCAAGAAACACAAAUGUGGAUUAUUAUUAUUACGAUGAGUAUGUAGAAGACACUCCAGCUCCAGUAAGAGUUCCUCCACCAAGAAGGCAACCAAGUAGGGCAAAACCUCAACAAAGAGUUGCUCCCACCACUUCCUCGUCUACAUUUGGUAGAUCACAGUUUACAUUAAGAGAAAAGACUCCAUUGAGUACAUUACCGGCAACAACACAAAGAACAUCAAACUAUAGAAGAACUCGACCACCUAUAGUAGAAAAUACUACUCCUAAAAGAUUACCAAGAUUAAGAUAUUCAACUACAACUACACCAGAACCUAUUCGUAAUAAUCGACGGUAUACACCUUCUUCGCGGCGCCAAAACACACGAUCAAGAUAUAGAGAUCAAGAAUUAGAUACCAAUAUAAACACUCAAACUAUAUUUGACGGCACAAUCACAGUUACUCAUAAAAUACCAACGGAACUUACAAUACCUUUCAUUGUUGGUAAAAAUACUGAGUAUAAACAAGUGUUAACAGCAAAACCUAGUCUCGAAAUACUUGGCCCAAAUCAAUACAGUACAGUUACCGGUAAAAAUGGUUAUCCAACAUUACAACUUAUUAGAGAAGUAACAGAAUCUCUACCCAAUGGUUUAACAGAAAUAACAAAAUUUGUUAUAUUUGAACAACCUACCACUAGUAUAACUUAUACGCCUACUUACAUAAGAGGUAGAAAAACAUCAUUCUCGCAUAUUGUACCGAGUACAAUAUAUGAAGUUCGGCCUGAAGUCAGUACUGUUCAGCCUCAACUAAAUAAUGCUCCUCUUGCUAAUUUGUUGCUUUCACAAUUACUUUUAGGAAAUCUAGGUAUUCAACAAACUGUUAACCCACUUCUUGCUCUAAAUUCAGCAAUGGUUACUACUCAAGCUCCAGUAACUGAAUUUAAAACAAAAAGUACAACAUAUGUGACUACAGUAACUAGUUCUUUAUCAACAGUUCUUCCAAUUACAUUCAGUGGAAAAGUUAUAUCAACAACUGUUAUUGAUAGUUCUAUCAACGUUAUUACAGCUACAGAAUAUAUAACAGAAACUAUUGUAACUACACCAACAAUAACACAACAACAAACUAACCAAUUAAAUACAUUACUUUUACCUGCUUUACUUCAAGCUCAGCUUUUAGGACAAGCAACGACUUCAAAUCAUUUGUUGGGUAGUAUUGAUACAACACAAGAAGACUUACUUCAAGAACUAAUAGAACCUACUCCAAAAUAUGAAGAUGUAUCACAUGGUGUUGGAGCUAAACCAUCGAAAAAAAAAAUAGUUUCUAAAAAACCGCCAGAUCCAGCGAUACAACCUGCUGAAUCAAGUGUAGUUACGUUGUAUGUUUCUGGUAAAAGACCUGGUGAAUUUAGUACUGUAUUAUCAACAGUGACAUUUGAUGAAACAGCAACUGUUCGAAAACGAGAAGUUGAACCUUCAUCUGUUUUAGACUUAAUGGCAACAGUGUUUGAAGAUUUUUUAUUAUCUCCGACUAAUGACGAACACUUUCAAAGUUAUAACGAAGAAGAAACUCAAAGUCUAGAAAGUGUAUUAGGUGAUGUAAGUAAAAACGUAAAAAUCGAGAAUCGUGCUACACAAAUAAAAGCGCAACCAGCUGAAUCUACAAUUCAAGAAACUACCGGUCAUUUUUUAUGGAAACGCUCCGCUGAUUCUCCAGUUCAGCGGGAAAGCCUAAAAUCUAAAAUCUGGAGUUCCGGAAGUCAAAUUAAAAGAGAAGAGCCUAAAUUUUUCUUAUCUAUGAACACUUCUCUAUUUGACUAUCCAAAAAACCAAAAAAAACAAUUAACCCAAAACAUUUCUUAUGUCGGUGUUAGGAAAAACUCUUCUUUUACUAUCUUCAAAAAUCUACAACAAAAUAUAAUUGAGGCGAAAGAGGAACAAAGAGGAUUUGAAGAUAGAAAAUUAAGCUUCGCUACCAAAAAAAUGAGUAACGGUGUCGAAGUAAUAGUUGCUGGUGAUAAAAGUACUUACCCUGGACAAACUAAUAUAUUAAGAGUCUUACCUACAUCUCCUGCAAAACCUAUUACACUCGCACCUAGUACAUUAACAGAUCAUAUGCUCAUGAUGCUACCACAUCCUAUCAAACAAAGCAUAAAUAAUCAGUUUGUUACCAAGACUUAUUUAACAACUUAUACAUAUCUUACAACAUUUUUGGAUGGAGAAGCUACAAUUGUAUCCAGUAGAGAAAAAGUAGUAUCAAAUGUUGUAACUGAUGAAGUUAAUAAGAUUACUCCGACUUCAACUCUUAGUCAAGUUACAUUAACAUCGAGCCCUAGUUUAGAAAUUGGAGUUUAUCAUACUACAUAUACAUAUCUAAACACAAUUGUUGAUGGAGAUCAACCUCUUGUAAUGACUAGUCAAAAAACUGUAGCUAAUACUGUUACUGCGCCUCACGAGUUCUUAACUCCUUUACAGUCUUCUGAGCCUGCUUAUCAUGAUACUAAUACAUACCUUAAUACAGUUUCAUUCACAAAAACUCUAAGUGAUGGACCUGAUUAUACUAUUGUAAGUACAGAAGAUAUAUUAACUCAAGUUAUAAUAACUAAAACAGAUAAUUCACCAACAAUGGAUUAUUCUCAAUUAAAAUUGGCAAAUACUGCAACUGACGUUGUUAAAACGAAUUAUGCUACUUAUUCAUACUACAAUACAAUAUUAAAUGGUUCAAAAACUGCAGUAAAUUCAGAUAUUUCUGUUUCUUCAGAAAAUUUUUCAAAAAAUCAUACAUCAACAAAAUUUGAGGAAAUAAAAUCAAUAUCUACUGUAGAAAAAAUGCCAUUUAAUGUAUAUGCUACUAAGACAUAUCUUACAACAUUUACUUAUUUUACAACAUUACUCAAAGAUAAUAAUGGAAAAGAUCCAUCAAGUACUCAAGUAAAAUCAAGAACUAAAGUUAUUCAAAAUGUUGUUACAGAGUCAGUAGAUACAUCAUUAUUUAAUUCAAAUUAUUUAUCUUUUUUAAGUAAGUCUGUACAAAAUGAAAAUAUUCCAAUCACUGCUACUGCAACAUUGAAUAACGGCCAAAAAUUGGAAUUUACUGCAAUGAAAGACACUUUAUCUCAGAAUAAUGGUUAUGAUUAUUCGGCAAGUUUAAGUCUUAUAACUCCAACUUCUACUGAACUAGAAAAAUUAAGUGUGGCAGAAAUAACUACUAACGUAUUCGAAAAAGUAAAAGAAACUAUCAAACCUUCGAGUGUUACAAAAAUAUUACAGAAGACAGAAUUACAAAAACCACCAAAGAAAAAUUUACCUUCUAAAUCUGAACAAAAAAUACCCACUAACUCUUUUCCAAAACCAGAUAAUUCAAAUACUGGUGGAAGUUUAAUCAAUUUUGGAACAAUGGCUCAAAGUUUGACUGCAUUAAAACCAGUUAUUAGUGCAGUAGCUGGUAUAAUCCAAAAUAAUUACAGAAAAAAUGAUAUAACUAAAAAUGUACAAACCCAGCAAAAAAUAACUGCAAAACCAAUAAGUCAAGAAACUACUAGUAGAUCACCUAUUUAUAUUCCACUUGCAGAUUCUUUAGUUUCUGAAAGUCAACAAUACCCUGAUACUGACGAAAGAAAUCCUUUAGUAGGACCAGUAAAACUACCACUUGAAGCUUCUAUGUUAUCAGGAGGAAUUCCAAUUAGCCCUGGAGAAGUGAUUACUACAAAUAGUGACGUUAUUAUAGGAAAACCUUCAGUUUUAGGUCCUAGACCACUACCUGAUAACUAUAAAAAUGAAGAAUUACCUUUUGGAAUGCAACCCUCUCCACCUUCACCUCAGUUUAAAGAUAAAAUCUCAAACCCAAUUAAUAAUUAUCCUAGGGAUAACAUAAAAAACAACAUACUUAACUAUCAUCCAAUACCUCAUACUGAUAGAAAAAAUACACAACCAAUGCGUUAUUUUGAAAAUCAGGUACAAAGUCAGUACCACUUUACUAAUGCCCCAGUAAAAUCAGAAGUGAAUAUUAUACCAUUAAGUAAACCAGAUCCUUGGCCUACAAAAAUAAUUACAGAUGUUCAACCACUAAUAUUAACUAAUCUGGAUGGUGAAAAAAAUAUUAAAUAUAGUAAUCAACAGUUAGUAACAUCAAACAAACCAUACGUUGAACAAUCAUCACUUGAUCCUUUAUUAGUGAACAUACAACCAUCACAAGUUGCCCAAGUUGUAAUACCACAUGGAAGCCAAACUGCAUUAAUAUAUAGUGACCAACCUGCUAUUGGUCAUAGUUCAAAAGGUGAAAUAUUCAAUGAUCCACAACCUUAUCCAGAAAAUCAUGUUAAUCCUGGUUUUGUUGGUUUGCAAGUUUAUGGUACUGAAAAUCGUCCCAUAAAUAGUGUGACUUCAAAAAUACCGGCUAAUGCAAUUAACUUUGAUAUACCAGUGUCACCAGCUGGUAUAACUGUUGGUGACUCAGAAUCUCACCACAUAAUUUUGUAUGAUAAUGAAACUGGAAAAAUAAAAACAAAUUCUGGGCAUACACAAAACUAUAUAAAUAAUAACAAUAAUUAUUUAAUUCCACCACCAAUAUCUCAAAUUAAUUCAUUUGUGAAAAAACCAAAUGGUGGAUCAUCUUCAGCCGAAGAUGAUUUGUUACAGUUUGAAGAAGGCGAAGUAACACAAGAAUCAAAGAAAACACCAUUGAGACCAGGAGAACUUCCAUUUGGUGUUCAUAUUGAUGGAAUAGAUGAAGAAGAAACUCCUAUUAUUACUGGUAAACCACAUGGAGGUAAUUUUAAAGGGGAAGAACAAAUUGUUUCAGUAGGAAAUCCUAUAAAAACUGAAAUAAAUUCUGAUAAUUUAAUAGCACUUAAUAAAGACCAGCAUAACUCAAAAAAUAAUUUACAGAACUUUAAUAAAGAAAUUAUUACAAGUAGUAUAGAGAAUACAAAUAAACCUAAUAAAGUUCCCAUUAACAUUCCACCUAGAGAUGAUAUUAAACAAGCUAUGGAUAUGGACGAAAAAUUACCACCAUUACCACCACCCAAAAAAACUAAUGUAAAUGAUUUAGAUGUUCAAGGAAGUACUCCACAGCCCAGUAUAAUAUGGCCUCAACAUAUUAAUAUUAAUAACGAAGUAUUGGGAUUGUCUCCUCCUCCUGUUCCCACUUCAGCUACCUAUUCCUUAAAAUAUGAUAAUGUAACAUCAAAACUACAAGUGUCCAAAAGACCAUAUCCUCCUAAAUUAAGACCAACAACUUCACCUCCAUAUCAGUUUGAAAAACCUCAAAACAAGCGACCACCACCUCCAUAUCAACCAUCUGGUGAUGCUAUACUGAAACCAUUAUCAACAACUGCUAAGGUUGAACUUCAAAAUAAACGUCCUCUAAUUCCAUACCAACACACUGAUGAUGUUAUAUUAAAACCAUUACCAACAACUGCAAAAGUUGAACUUCUACAAAAAUGGGAACUCUCAUCAGUAAUAAAAACAAGCAAUAAACUAUACCAGCAAGAAAAACCUGAAAUGAAAAAUCCAGAAAAAGUUACAGUGAGUCAAAAUUCAUCAAUAAAACCUUACGUAUAUGAGACUGUAAAAGAAAAAACAAUUUUACCCAGUAUUCCAGUCACUAAUGUAAUUCCCACAAUUAUUACUCAACAAACAAAUAAAUGGCAAGAUUACAAUUCAAUUUUAAGCACUGAAGGUAGGAUAGAAACAAUUCAGUCAACAACUGAAACUCCAGCACUGACUUAUUCUACACAAAGUAUUAUUAAAGUAUACACUAUGCCAAAUAACCCAAUAGCUAAACCAACUACUAAAACAACUGAUUAUCAUAGUGUGAUCAGUGUUGUAGUAAAAAAUGAAGAAAAACCUCAUGAAAAAAGUAAUGGAGAUCUUAUCGAUAGCCCAACAACUCCCAAACAAAAGUCCCAACUUAGACCACAAGUAACAAUUUUACAACUUCCAGAAAGACCUCCAUUUAUGGAUGAGUUCCACAUGCAAAUUCAACAGGCUUCAUUAUUGCCUACAAGAUUUGUAACGCAUACACAAACAUUAUCUGUAACAAUUACAGAAACAACAGUUUUGCAGAGCGAUGGAUUGGAACCUUCAACACAUACACUUGUUCUGACUAAGACACAAACAUCAACAUUAGUGGACACAGUAACAGAAUUUCACACUUUGGUUAAGCCAACUCAAGUAUUAUCAACAAUAACUACAACUGUUCCAGUUUCCAUUCAUUCUGAACCAACUUCAUCAAUUCCAAUUAUUGAAGGAACCAAAUCUAAUACGGUUAAUAUUGCUCCAGAUGAAAAUGAAACACUUUUAGUGGUCAUGACUGACAAGAAAAAUAGUAAUCAACAUAAUCACAAUCAUGGAAUACCACCUGAAAUUCAGGUGCCAGAUGAAACUAAUGAAAUAGGACCGAGUGACGUAUUGUUAAGUGGCAUUUUAACUCAUUCAUCUGAUUCAGAAUGUAAACCUGAAUGUAAGGCAUCCAAAAAUGAAAUUUGUCAAAAGGUUGAAAAUGUUAUGCGGUGUGUUUGCCGUCCUGGUUUUGCAAGAAUUUUUAUGGAUAAGCCUUGUAAACCGACUUAUUCAUACACAAUGAAGUUAGUGUUGGAAAAGUUUAAAAAAGAAAAACUUAAAUACUCUAGUGUCUUAGAUAAUCCUAGCUCAUCUCUGUAUCAACAAUUGAUUGAAGCAACAAGAGAAGGGCUUAAUCGAAUGUCAAUGCAGUCGGAUCUAAGAGAUAUAUACCAUGGUGUUGUUGUAGGAGGAUUUGAACCUGCAGUCAAUGGAGAAAAAGUAGCUGUUUCUUAUAUUAUACAGUUAUCUGAAAAUGCGGAUGAUACUAAAAUAUGGGAUGCAACUAAAAAAUCUUUGAGAACUACGAACUACAGUUUAGGUGGUACUGAUGUAUUUGCUGCUCGUGAUCAAUUACAACUUUUAUCUGCUGAAGAUUUUGAUGAAUGCAGUGACUCAAAAUUCCAUGAUUGUUCAGAUAAUGCUAAAUGUUUUAAUUUACAUGGGACAUAUACAUGCAGUUGUAAAGAUGGGUUUUCUGAUCUUUCACAAAAUAAUCAAUUCCCAGGAAGAGUUUGUUCUUCUGAACUUAUUGGGUGUGACUUAUGUAACUAUCAUGGUACAUGUUAUUUAAGCGAUCAAGAUCAAACAAAUUGUGACUGCUUUCAUUGGUAUGCUGGAAAACACUGUCAAUUUAAUUUAAGAGUGCUUCUAUUGGGUCUUCUUGCUAUUGGAGUGAUGUUGCUAUCAUUAUUAGUUGCAUGUUUAUUAAUGACAUGUUGCAAGAAAAAUUCAAGAGAAUCAGUUAUGGGACUUUAUCAGCCUCAAAGACCUGUUAUUGGUUUUAGGAGAUAUCGUAACAUGGUAGCAGCCUCAAGAGGUGAUAAAAGAGCAAUGAUUAGUGUUGAUACAGGAAGUGAGACAAGUGUCGAUCGAACACCUCCUCCUUAUGUCAAACAAGUGGCAUGUCCUCAAAGGCAGGUUAACACUCACGUACAUAGACAUAGUAUGAAGGCACCAUCUCCAUCUAGUAAUGGUAGUAGUAUGGAACGUAGUGUAAUUAAUCAACGUGAUAGAAGUUUGACAGUGAUGAUACCUAGAGCUAAGUAUCGAGCACCACCACAACAAUCACCAUCAGUGUUAACCAUGUCAACAUUUGGACCUGAACAAAAAACAAUGUCUUACCUAGAUUGUAAACAAACUACUAAAGGCUCAAUUUGUAGUAGUAGAAAACCCAGCAUAAUAACACAACGAUCAGUUGACUUACCACAACCACGUAAAAAAUACUCAGCACCAAGAAAACCAUCAACAGGUGCACUUGUAUCAGCUGGAUUUGAAGUUUCAGCAACAGUAGUCAAAACAAAAGAAUUAGAUGAAGCAUAUGUUUGUAGAGAAGAAGAUAAAUCAGAGUUCAAUCCUAAAAGAAUGACAGCUACUAGAACGAUAUCUGUAGCUAGAUCGUUUGAUGAGACUACUAUACAGAACCCUACAAAAUGCUACCACCCAGAUAGUCACUAUGAAUCGAAGUCCCAAUACUCCUUAAAAACGGCUGAUGAGGGGCAUACAAUGGUAGAAAGAGAUUUAGGAUCUACAUACAUAAUGCCUCAAUCAAAACUUUAUAAGCCUGAUCAUAGAGGUAGUGAUACAUCAAAUUUUGAUUCUUUGUAAUGGAAUAAAUAACAAGUUUACCCAAUUAUGCCAUAUUAUUAUCAAUUAAUUAAUCAUGUUCAUAGUUAACUUAUGUUGUACAGCUUCCAAAACUCUGUACUAUUAAUAAUUUAUUGUUGUAUUUUAAUAUUAUUCUUUGUCCUUAAACCAUAUUAUUUUAUGUAUUUUAUGUUAUUAUGAACUUAGUUUUAAUUUUAUUCAAUGCCAUAUUUAGGUAAUAUUGUUGUUAGUUUAAAUUUGUAUAUUAUUCAUUAUUUUAUAUGCGAUAUAUUUGUUAUGACUAUUGACUUUGUGUGAGAUGUUCUCUUUUCUUAUGAUAACCUUUAAAUGAAUCAUAACGAAACGACAGCAACUCUUUUUAUGUAAAAUAUUAUUAUUGUAAUAUCUAUUUAUCUUCUUUUUUUUUUUAUUAAAAUAGUAACUAAUGUUUUUAUCAAGUUAAAUUUAAAUAUUGAGGAUACCAAACCUUAUUUGUGCCAAAAAAUAUUGUCUUCUAUUAAAUUGUAUUUCAAUAAAUUUUUUAAAUAAAAAUUUAGUCAUCUGCCAUUAAAAAUGUAUAAAUAAUUUACCUUU